AAACCGAGCCGCCGAGGAGGGAUUUCCCAUGCGGACGACAUCCCCCGGCGGACGCCGCUGAAACCGGAUCAUGUUCGACUAUGUGGAAUUUCAGUGCUUCGGUCCCGGGGAGAUCGUGGACUUCUACAGCUCGUCCAGCCCCGCGGGCGCGCUGCAGGAGCCGGACCGGGAUUUGGCAGACUUCUUCCCCGAGCUGAUCGAGUCGGACUGGCAGGAGCACCGGUGCUCGCAAUCGGUGGGCAGCCAGAGCUCCAGCUCCAGCUCCAGCUCCAGCUCCAGCUCCAGCUCAGACGACCUCUUCGCCAGCCCGCCCUCCCCGCCUCCACCUCCUCGCACUUACAAGCCCUGUUUUGUGUGUCAGGACAAGUCCUCGGGCUACCACUACGGGGUCAGCGCGUGCGAGGGCUGCAAGGGCUUCUUCCGCCGCAGCGUGCAGAAAAACAUGGCAUACACCUGUCACCGUGACAGAAACUGUAUCAUCAACAAGAUCACCAGGAACCGCUGUCAGUACUGUCGGCUGCAGAGGUGCUUCGCCGUGGGGAUGUCGAAGGAGUCGGUGAGAAACGACAGGAACAGGCGGAAGGGGAAGAAGGAGGCGGUGAAGAUGACGAUCAUGGAGACGUACGAGCUGACGGCGGAGCUCGGCCUGAUAGUGGAGAAGAUCUGCCGGGCCCACAGAGAGACCUUCCCCUCCCUGUGCCAGCUGGGGAAAUACACCACAAACUCCAGCUCGGACCACAGGAUCCAGCUGGACCUCGGGCUGUGGGACAAGUUCAGCGAGCUCGCCACCAGGUGCAUCAUCAAGGUGGUGGAGUUCGCCAAGCGAGUGCCGGGCUUCACCGGCCUGACCAUCGCCGACCAGAUCACUCUGCUCAAGGCCGCCUGCCUGGACAUCCUGAUCCUGAGGAUCUGCACUCGCUACACUCCUGACCAGGACACCAUGACCUUCUCUGACGGGUUGACCCUGACCCGCACUCAGAUCCACAACGCCGGAUUCGGACCGCUGACGGAUCAGGUUUUCACUUUCGCCGGGCAGCUGCUGCCGCUGGAGAUGGACGACACGGAGAGCGGACUCCUCAGCGCCAUCUGCCUCGUCUCCGGAGACCGACAGGACCUGGAGGAGCCGUCUAAGGUGGAGGUGCUGCAGGAGCCGCUGCUGGAGGCGCUGAAGAUCUACUCCCGCAAGCGGCGACCCAGCAUGCCGCUCAUGUUCCCCAGGGCCCUCAUGAAGAUCACCGACCUGCGCAGCAUCAGCGCCAAAGGCGCUGAGAGGGUGGUGACGCUAAAGAUGGAGAUCCCGGGCUCCAUGCCUCCUCUGAUCGAGGAGAUGCUGGAGGAUCUGCAGAACCUGGAGAAGCACCAGAGGAGGCGCUCGGAGGAGAGCCGGGCGGAGCAAAGCGCCAGCCAGCAGGCGCGCGCCGUCGCCCCGCAGCACACGAACUCCUCUGGUUUCUCACCCUGAAGCUGCUCCGAGGAACAUUCCCGUCCGUCUUCCCUCCCGGAGAAACCGCUAGCUAUGUUAAAGUACAGAUGCAGUUCAGAGGGGUCACUAGUGUCUUACCUCAGUCUUUGGUCAGAGAAGGGUCAGUGAGUAUUCACGGACUGAUCUGCAGACGUGACGAACAAAAGAGAAUGAUGCAGUAAUGUUUUAAUCAGUCACAGUUUCAUUUUUUAACCCCUGGUCGCGGGCACCUCAUAACCGCUGAGAAUCACUCUCAGCCUUCCUUUAUCUGGUUUUUACUGUAUUUAUGUUUGCAUGAGAUAGCACGUGGAUUCAUUUUUACCUCAUUUAAUAACGUUGCCUUUAGCACUAGUGUAGCAAAGAUAGUAAACCUAUAAAAUUGAUUUUUUUUGAGCUUUUUACAUACUAUGUGAAUUUUCUCACUCGUCAGAGUCCUCUGUUUGUACCCGAUGUGUCGUCGUGCUCCGAGAGAAAGAAGAAAAGGGAAAUUUUAAGUGCAAAAAGUUUUUUUUACUCAUAAGGGUGAAUGUUCAUAGCUGGCAUUAACAAAGUGCACAAGCUGAUAGGUAGCUGAGUCGAUGUAGGACACGUCGAAUUUGAGUUCAGGAGACACAGAGUACAACAAAUGAGUACUUAGAACACAGUGUCGUAGUUGUCAGCUUGUUGCUCCGAGGGUGUCAACUCUCUCUGGAGAAGUUGUGCUUUUUGCUGGAAAUCUACUAGGUUUUGUUUGUUUGUUUGUUCGUUUUUGUUUUUUUUUGUGGCGGUAUUAAAAAGAAAGAGUUUGUACACUCUUUAGUAAGCUUACACACAACCCUGUCCUCUCACACAAAGUUUUAAUCCCAGAAGGUCUAUUUACAGCUGUUGACAGGGCUGGAUAUCGUUUGAAAUGUUUGAGAUACUUU